AGGCACACUUACACACUACCGCGCUGAAGCCUGAAUAAUCUUCUUCAACCUCCUUUUGGGGCGCCAACUCACGGAAAUUUUUCCCAGAAAAACCUCUAAAAAUCAAAAUUCAAUUUUUUUUCCUUAUUAAGGAUUUUGAUACCUAUAAAUUGCAGAAUUGUAAAAUUUUUUACUUUCUUGAAGAAAUAAAAAGCGGGAAAUUCGGUCGAAAAUGGAGGGAAAAAAGAAGCAAUUGAAGCCAGAAAGACAACCCCUCAAAACCCUUAAUCAUAUUUCUUGGAAAGAAAAGUUGAAGGAGAGCUGUUAUCGGAGAGUGAAGGAGGAUAGAACCCGGCUUCUAUGGAAUUCUAGAUCACCUCUUCUUCAAUCCUCUGAUCAAAAGGAAUUCAUCCACUUCGCUUUCAAGGAUAUAUUCUCUGAUGAGUUAAAAAAAUUAAAGAAUCAGCAUUCUGAUGCUUCAAAACUCCCAAGUUCAUUGUCCGGAGAAGAUGAUGUUUUAUGGGAAUAUGAUGGUCCCCAUACAGCUGAUAAAAGUGAAUGUGAAGAGAUAUUGCUAGAAAUGCAAAGGAUCUUCUAUGAGGAUAUCAAGUUGGAGUUGAGUCAAAAAGAAGCAGAGAAAUCCAUUGUUUUGGAGGAUGAAGAGGAUGAGUAUUUGGCUUUGGCACUCGAUCAAUAUAUGCAGUUAAACGAUGGGAAGGAACACGUUUGGUGCCCAAUCUGCAAGAAAGGAGAGUUACAAGAGAAUCAACAUCUUAUAUAUUGCAAACUUUGCCAGUUAAAUCUCAACAAAGGAGAUGAGGUUAAUUUGAGCUUGUUGAAAGAUCGACUAGCAGAAGCUCAUGAAGAUCAUCUUGAUAGAGGCUGCCGAUCAAAGCCUGAGUUCUGUAUCGAGACUGUAUUUGAUCUAACCGCGCUGUACAUUCAAUGUCAGCAUUGCAAUACAUUUGAGGUCGUGAUGUAAGAAGGAUUUUGUUUAAUACUUCGUAUGUAUGUAGUUAAAAUUGAAAAUUACGUAACUUUGAGUUUCGUUUUUUCUUUUCAUUUUCUCAAGGAGUUUUGUAUUGUUACUAUUGUAACAAUUUUUUCUAGGUCCAUGUAUCAUGUAUGAAGUGCUGUAGAUUGUUGCUAUGUUUUGUUACCCUAAUUCAAAAUUCCUUGUUACCUAACCACCCUCUCUCAUAUGGACAAAAU